GAAGCCGUGAGGGGAGAGCCGAGCCCGAGCAUAUGCCGGGCCCCGUGAAGGAGCUCCCACGCCCCUUUCCCGCACAAGAUGGCGGGGGGCGGGUCGGAAGUGACGGAGGGAGGAAGCUCCGUCCCGUUUGAAAGCGCCUGGCGGAGCCGCCGCCGCCUCCUACUUCCCGCCCGGGCCGCCAUGGCCGCCUUCGCCAUGGAGCCGCCGCCCGCAGGAGCUGAGCCAAUGACUCUCGGCUCCCCGACAUCUCCCAAACAAGGAGCUGGUGCUCAGUUCCUUCCCGGGUUUUUGAUGGGUGACUUACCUGCACCAGUGACUCCACAGCCACGUGCUUUGUGCGGCCCUUCAGUUGGAGUAAUGGAAACGAGGUCUCCGCUACUUGCAGGAGGAUCUCCCCCACAACCAGUAGUCCCGACACAUAAAGAUAAAGGCGGUGCUCCACCCGUUAGGAGCAUUUAUGAUGAGUUGUCCAGUCCUGGGCUUGGAUCAACACCUCUAACCUCAGGAAGACCAGCCAACUUCUCGUUAACACAGAGCCCAUCAGUUGGAAUUCUGCCAUCAACUCCAGGCACAGCUUCAAGCGUGUUCAGUCCUGCAAGUAUUGGGCAGCCUAGGAAAACUACUCUGUCUCCUGCUCAGCUAGAUCCUUUUUAUACUCAAGGAGAUUCCCUUACUUCAGAAGAUCAACUUGAUGACACAUGGGUAACUGUAUUUGGAUUUCCUCAAGCAUCAGCUUCCUACAUUCUUCUACAGUUUGCUCAGUAUGGAAACAUAUUAAAGCAUGUGAUGUCCAACACAGGAAACUGGAUGCACAUUCGAUAUCAGUCUAAGCUUCAAGCCCGGAAAGCCUUAAGCAAAGAUGGAAGAAUUUUUGGUGAAUCCAUCAUGAUUGGUGUCAAGCCCUGUAUAGAUAAACAUUUGCUAAAGGGAGUGAAUGAAACUCUUUGGCAAGCUGAGUCUGAGCAAAAGAGCGUGAUGGAAAACUCUGAAAGAAGCUCUACAUCCUCAGUGUCUUCGGUUUUCACUCCACCUACAAAAUCUGCUGGCACACCAGUACAACCUGCAAAUAAUACUGCAAGGAUUUCUACAAUGAGACCUCUUGCAACAGCAUAUAAAGCUUCCACUAGUGACUAUCAGGUGGUUUCUGACAGACAGACUCCUAGGAAAGAUGAAAGUAUUGUAUCCAAAGCAAUGGAAUAUGUGUUUGGCUGGUAGUAUCCCAGAGGCAGUAACACACUCAGCUGGUCAGGGUUGGAGCUGGAUCCGUCGUAUAACUACUGGUGGUGUUUUAUCUCCCAUAGCGCCUGUUAUGCCUUCAGUUAAUUCAGCAGACAUGUAGCUUGCACUUUAAAUGAUGGCAAUGUACAUGUGGGUUUGCAAACUGAGUUCAGUGUAAAUAAAAGUGCUUUAUUCCCAUUUGUGCUCCAAUUGCAUGAUUGUAGAAAAAAUGUCAGCACUGACUUCUCUAUAAUUACUUUCUGUGAGUUAUUUCCCAGUAAGUUGGAAAUGCUUAAAAUGGCAGCUACAUUUACUGAUGCCUUUAAUUUUUUAUUUUUUUCCCCUCUGGAGAGACGAUGGGUUACUUGCAGGAAGAAAACUAUGCACAGCUGGCUCCCAGGGACAGGGGCUGUUCUUUUAUUUUUUUUUAAAUUAAGAUUCAUUGCUGUUUUAUAAUUAUCUCUGGCAUACUGUUCUAAAUGUCAUAGCAGCCUUUGAACACUUUUUUUUUUAUUAAUAAAGAUCAAGUGAAGUUU